UAGGACAGCGAGGCACCGGUCCUGCACUCAUCUUCUUCCCUGUGCGAUGUUGAAGAGUGGCACGUGGCCAGGCAACGCUGCCGUGGAACCCUCGAGCAACAUGGACAGUUCGGGAAGCUGCGACAGUGUGAUCAGCGUGAACUCUGGCUGUAGUAAUGACAGUAUGGAACACCUGACUCCAGAGGAGAGGGCGUGCCUCAUGUUUCUGGAGGAAAUCAUCGAAGCUCUGGAGGUGCAGGAGGACAGCGGCUUGUCUAACGACGAGCCAGACUCUUGGACUACUACAAAAGAUCAUAUAAGAGUCAAUGGUAUUUCCAGUUUGGCAUCAGAGUCUGGAAGUCAGGGAAUGUCCCCACCUCCCCACUUUGAAGCAGUGGACCCAGCACCCAUGACAUCAACGCCUGAGAGUGAAACGGAGCGUCAUGCACUGAACCAGAACUCUGAACCACGAUCCACCACUGCUCCAAGUCCUCCUCCCUUUGAAUCAGCUCCUGCUUGUACAGCUCCCUUAAACCUAGAUCAGGUUCCAGGUUUAAUCCUGAAUGGAACUCUUGAUCCAGAUAAUGUCAUCAGUUCUUGGUCCUGGUCCGGAGAGAAGACCUCUGAGAUUGAUCUGAGCCUACUCCCUCCCCCCUCAGACUUCAUGGAUGAACUGGACACUUGUUCACAGCCGAAGAAACUGAACGGUGUCCCCACAGAGCCUGAACUGCACGUUGAACUGGUACCACUAGACUCAGCAGACUCUGUGAAUAAGAUUUCAGAGAACUCAUUGACCGAGGACCCUCCAAGCAGUCCUCCACCAGAUCCUGCUUCUGUUUCUUUUAUAACUCCCCCUCCUGAGUUUUCUCCACCCAAAAGUCCACCUCCUGUGGCCCCCAAGCCUAAAAAGCUUCCUGCCAGCAUUGUUUUGCACUCACAAAAGACAGCGGUGGGUAGUCCUGAUGGAAGCGUGCCGUCUUUGCUGCCCACCAGUGGUGACUGGAUGCUGGGGGACCAGCAGAAGGUCCACAUGGAGGCCCUUCGGAAGCUGGGACUGCUCAAAAUAAAUGAAGAAGAAGCAGGCCUUGAAAAAAUCUCUACACUUCCUCUCAAAAAUAGAAGCCGACAGUCGUGGGCAGGUCCAUCUCCCCUCAGCCCAGGAGUUUCUCAUGCAUUACCCCUGACGCCAUCAUGCACCCACCUCAGCAGCACCCCUCCUGCCUCGGCCUCCCUUCAGUUUGUGCCAUCUGCUGCUGUUUUGACGGUUUCUCCUCCAACACAGGACCCGGACAUUGUGCCAGCUCCUGCAGCGUUCAGCGAUCCCAGCCAUCCUCUGCCUUCAGUUAACGAACUGCCCACUGGAGCAGAUGUUCCAGAUGCUGAUGUGAGGAGCCCUGCUGCUGCACCAGUCAAACAGCUAACCUCACCAAAGGUCACAGACAUGAAAUCUGCAACCCUGGAGUGCUCUGGUGUGGGUGUAAGCUCUUAUCUGACUGGUCAACCCCCCACCGAGGCUGAUCAGAGAGCCACGGGAGAGCAGAGCCAGCAGCACAGCAGCCAGCCACAGCCCUCCUCCCUGGGGAGCAGAAAAGACAUUUCAUGUGCCAAAGAAGAGGAUUUGCAGGCAGCCCCCACCACCAGCAAACAGACGGAGCCUCAAAGACCCUUGCAUGCCCACAAUGUUGUCCAACACCCCAGGGGGGAGUCCAAACCGCCUCGAUCACAAGGCAUCAGCGUUCUGAUCUGCCCCCGACCGGAGAACGUAGAGGAGCGGCGCGAGGCGCUGAAGAAGCUGGGACUGCUCAGAGACUGAGCCCCCGCUUCCACCACAGACUCCCCCGACCUUUAUACAACGCAUCAAGG